UUAGACAGUAUAUCUUGUAAACAAUCCUAGAGGUAACAUUAGUAUUUGACGAAAGUGUUACCUAUUAUGAUACACAUUUGAACAUGGAGGUAUCGACAAUAACUUGUAGCUCAGGUAAAAAAAGACUGAAUGAAAUCAGUCCGGCUACAGACGUAGACAACAUCCUGAAAACACUAGGAGGUUUUGGAAGAUACCAAAAAAUUCAGUUACUUUUAAUAUGUUUCUUUGUAUUGGAGGAUAGUUUUCAUUUAAUUUCAUCCGUUUAUAUAGCUUAUCGACCCUUUUACCAAUGUGAAGAUAUUAACUCUACCAAUUACUUACAAGACCGUAAUGUUAGCCAAUCAUCUACCAUAGAUAUAGCAUACGGGAAAUGUGAUAUAGGUAUACGCGUGAAUACGUCUCUCUCCAGUUUCACCUCAAAGGAGGCUUGUAUAAAUGGCUACAAGUAUGACAUUCCAAAGGACAGAACGACGGUCACUGAGUGGGAUCUUGUUUGCAGUGGCGCAGAACGUUCAGAACUGGCAACAACCUUGAUUAUGCUAGGUCAAGCAACGGGAGCAGUAAUAUUCUCUCCUAUAUCAGAUAAGAUAGGACGAAAACCAAGCAACAUCUUCGCUAGAAUUAUGUACUUUUUCACAGCUUUGGCGACUGUGUUCUCUCCUAACAUUUCAGUAUUUUUGGUGUUCAGAUUUCUACAAGGAACAUUUCAGGGCGGAAGUCUUAUGACAUGUACAAUUCUGUAUAUAGAAUUGCUCCCAAAGGAACUACGACAUCGUGCUGAAGGUGCUAAUAUAACCGCAUGGACAACAGGGCUUGUCUUGACAUCAGUGAUUGGCUAUUUGUGUCGGGAUUUAACAUGGAGAUACAUGCAACUGAUUCUAGCCAUCAUAACUUGUCACACACUAUUUGAUUGGUUGUUUUUAGAUGAGUCAUUAAGAUGGCUUAUAGCUAAUGGUAAAACUGAGAAAGCUGAAAAUUUGUUGAAAAAAGCCGCGAAGGCGAAUUAUACUAAUUAUCAAUUGGUCAUUAAAAGCAUAAAAGUUGAACAGUCAACAGAUAUUCCAAUGAAAAAUCAAGAUGCCACAAUAACAGCCCAAUCUGCGGAUUCAGAUGAAGAGGAAAAAUCAACAGUACAUAAAUAUAGCAUUUUCACAAUAUUGAAGAACAAACGAAUGCUGGGAUGUUCUAUUAUACUUUGGAUUGCUUGGAUCACAAAUUCCCUUACAUACUAUGGAUUAAUGCUAACUACAUCGACCCUCUCUGGUGACCGAUAUCUCAAUAAUAUUCUAGCUUGCCUUGCUGAAUAUCCGGCUGCGAUGGUACAACAACUUUUUGUAAACAGAAUAGGAAGAAAGUGCAUGCUUAUAAUAUUUCAUGCUAUAGCUGGAAUUUCAAUGGUUUUGGCAAUGGUCUGUACAACAUAUGGCGGUGAAAAUGAAUGGCUACCAGUAUUGGGAACAGUCUUAGCAUUGCUUGGAAGAUUUGCCAUAACAGGAUCGUUCAGUACAGUGUUUCUAUAUACAUCAGAAUUAUAUCCUACGAAUUUAAGGAAUGCUGGUUUAGGCAUUGCAUCAACUAUUGCUAGAAUAGGAUCCAUGCUGUCACCAUUCGCUAUGACUCUUUCUUACAUUGUUCCAUGGGGUCCAGCAGCAGUGUUUGCUAGUUUAAAUUUAUUUGUCACCCUUUCGUUAUUGGUUCUACCUGAGACUAUGGGACGUGAACUACCAACAACAGUUACAGAGCUGAAUUCCUGGUACAAAUAUAAUAAUCCAUGUACCUUCAUUCGAUGUUCAAAGAAGACAUACAACUUGAAAAAAACAGUAAUGAUGCAAUAUGAUGUUAAUAACAUAUGAUAAUUUGUUAUAAAUGUUUCAUUGAUAUUGGCGCAAACAGCGGUAAUUUUGUGUAGUUAUCGAUUUAUCAAGUUUAUACCAAUAUUAGAGCAUCUGUGAUCACUAACGGUUUUAAGUCAGGUUUGUGUUGAGACGUCUUAUCUAGUUUGUUUAACUUGAUGUUGUGUUGAAUAGAAUGUUUUUGUAAUAUUUUGUUUAUAGCUAUAGUGUCUAUUUUUUUUUUGGUGACUAUGAAAUGUAUUUACCGUUUCAAAUCAUCAGUGUGCAUCUUUCAUUUUCACCAUUGAAUGUGCAAACAAAAAAAAACGUUGUUAAAGGAGUGUAUUUUUUUUUCUCUUUUCCUGAUUAAGCCUGUUUGUAUAAUCAGUAAUACUCUUUCGCCUCAGUCACAGACAGCUUAUUGUUUAUUUCUUUGUGUGUAAAUUACAAACUUUCCACUGUUGAUACAUGCAAAUGUCCGUUGUCGUGUCCUUUUCCUUAUUUUAAUGAACGAAUGGCUUAUUUUCAUCGUGCAUUAUCAAAUGACUUUUUCAAAUCUUUGUAUCGUCUUUAUUUAUGAAUGUUAUUGUUUUAUAUUUGCUUACAUUUACUUUCAUUGAAAAGUGCAUAAUUGUAACCAUGGUGACGUUAUGUGUUCUUGUUCCUGCAUGUGUACUAAUAAUAUGUGUCACCAGUAUAGGGCUCUUUUGUGUUAAUAACGCAAAAGCAUGUUCCAAAUAGAACAUUUUCUCAAAGAGUCUCAUUACUGUUAACAGUAUAUUUGAAAAAAAUAUAUAUAAAGGUGCUCGGUAAUAAUGAUUUAAUAAACUAUAUAUAUACUAA